GGGCAAAGCAGAAGUUGUGGUUUGUUUAAACAUCUUCAGAAAAAUAGCGGACAGGGAGAGGGAGGAGGCAGAAUCGACAAUCGACAGCUCUUCUCGGCCGUUGGGGCUCUGUCGAUGGUGAUCUUGUGGUGAUUGCUGUUGCUCACAUGCCCUUGGGGAGAUCAUGGGUGCUUGUCGCCGCCCUUUCAGCCACCUCCGCGGUACCUGCAACCAUGUCUGAUCUGGCGACUUCUUCACGCCAUCGCUUCCCGGCCAUGGAGGUGGACGUGGGCGAAUGCAUCUUGCUCUUCGGAGCAUACGCCAACGGAAACAUGGGCGACGUGAUCCAAAGCUCGACGAUGGGAAGGCUGAUGUCCAACGUUGCUCCCGCAGGCACUUGUAUUUGGCAUGCACACCCCAGCAAGGAAUCUGCGGAGAAUGGAUUUCACGAAGGGGAGUUUUUCGGGGACAACUCCGCUGGCCUGAUACCUCUGGGGUGCGAUCACGAGAGUGGUGAACAGGUGAGCCGCUUCAAGGCCUUUAUUAUAGGAGGUGGAGGCCUCUUCGAAUCAAGACAUUGGCCGCUUGAUUGCGAGGCCUUCGUACAUGGCCUUGGGGACGAGCUACCGCUUGCCAUCUUCGGAGUCGGCGCGAGCUCGGAAGCUCUCGUAAGUGCCCCGAUUAUCAGACGGGCCGACUACUUGUCGGGCCGCGAUGAUAAAUCUGUGCGGGAGCUGUCGGCGCUGGUAGGCACCCUGGAGAACGCUAGAUCUCGCCCGCAGGGCGUGAAGAGAGUUAGGGAUCCGGUGCUGAGCGACAGCUACUUCACAGAUGUUGAUGGAAAAUGCUGGCGAGAGAGCGACGGCGACACGGACACGAAGCCAUUGUGCUUCGUGCUACCGUCAGCCAUGAAGGAGAAUUUGCAGGAACUGCACCAAAUAUUCUCCUCCAAGAUCGUGGGUAAGGAUGAUGUCCUCCUGAACGUGUUCCCGAAGCACCAGGAGGAGAUCGAGGCGUAUCCGUACCCCACGCGGGUGGAGGAAAUACUGGAUCCGGAUCACUUCGCGAAGCGUCUAUGCGACUGUGGCGCGGUAGUAGCGAGUCGCCUGCACGGGGCGAUCCUUGCCCUCCAAGCCGGAGUACCGACGAUCGCCGCUUGGCCAGCUGCGGAGGGCAACAAGGUGCCGGACCUCAUGAGGGAUGUCAUGCGGCUCAGGGAUCAGUUCGUCUUGAUCAACAACUCCACUACGCGGCGAGAUUUGGAUACGAGGAUCAAGAAACUCCGAGAUGAUUACUCGGCGGGACGACGGAGUCUUGUGUUCGACAAGCUUGAGUUCGUGGCUCUGCACACCCAGCACGAGUGUGCGCACAUGCUUUCGGGCGUUGCUCACUUGCAGCUAACGCCAGAAGUGGCCUCGCGGAGACGGCCAAGUUUCGGUGGCUUCUGGGAGGAGAUGAAGCGUACAAACGAUUCCCAGGGGGAGACAGAAGGCGAGGUCCGAGUUGCCGAACAAACUGAGGAGGGGGGCAGAGGAUCUAGUCUCAAGCUGGGCGCAGUGAGCAGGCGUCAUGGCGGGACAGAAUCUCUAUGGAUGAGGUUGGGGAGAGCGUGGGGACCGGACGGCACAACCCUUGCCCCUACUCUAACCGGGGAGGAGUUGCCAUUUGCGAGGAAUACGUAUGUGGCGUGGAUAGCUCUGGCCAUGAUAGCUCUGCUGGGGUUACCCGGGUUGGCAUAUCGAUCAAGGACGGAAUUGGAAGCACAUCGGGGUGCUGCUGCGUUUGAUAUGAAGGUGGAGGGCCCGGGGUUGCCGGAAGAAGGAAUGGAGCCCUCCACCUUCUCCAAAGCGCGGGUGUGUGGCUCUUGCUGCCGCUGGAGCCCGGUCCGUUCACAAGAUGUAGCGUUCUUCGGGCUCAACUAUUUCCUCUGGGUCUUUCUGUGCUUGGGGUUCAGCAUUUGCACCAAGACAUACAUGCGCGAGACCGGCAAUCCCGUGGCGCUACUUGCCAUCCAGGGGUGGGUCGGCGUUGGCGUGCUCUGCGCGACGAACCUGGCGGCGUGGCUUAGACGGCGUGGAUGCUCGUCCCAACCUGCCUCCUACUCCCCAGCCAGCAGUAUUGCUACUUCGCCAGACUCUUGUUUGUCGCCUAGCGUGUCCUCUCCCUCACCCUCCUUCCUUCCAGUCCCCUUCCCGACUCCAUCUGAACCUGAAUGGGUAGGGAACUGCGGGCUUAGGGAAGCAAGACGCUUGGGGCAAGGUGUGUGGCAGGCGGGAAUGUUGCACUCUGCCAACGCGUUGCUGACGAGUUGGUCGGUUCUGGUAGGAGGAGUAGCUGCCACGCACGCCCUCAAGGCGCUUGAGCCAGCGGUGGCGGCCGGCUUCUCGCGAUGGCUCCUUGGAUCUUCGCUACCACCCGGCCGUACCGCCGCCGUCGCCAUCAUUGUGCUGGGCUUGGGCAUCUUGAUGAUACCGGUGAAUAUUCGGCGGUGGGCGAGAGGAAGCGACGAUGAGUCGUCCGACGUGGAAGGGGGGGAAGCGGGCGCUUUGAUGGGCACGGGUCAGGGUGUGGCGUUUCCCGCAGUGAUAUCGGCGUGUGCCUGCUGCGCUGUUGUCCUGCGAAACGUCAUGUUAAAGAAACCGGAUCUUCCGCCGCCCCCGCCGCCUUUAGGGUUAUUAGCUUGUAGCAUUGUGGGCGCUGUGAUCGGCUCGACGGCUUUGCUGGUGCCAUGGUUGCCGUUCAGCUGGGAGUGGGCUGGAGAAUCGCUGCUGCGCACGAGCGGCGUGAAUGCGGCGCUUUGCUCUGCGGGGUACAACCUGGCGUCGUUCAAUCUCCUUUCGGAGUUAACUCCGGUUGGGCAUGCCGUAGGAAAUGCCGGCAAGCGCUUUUUUUUGUUCACAUCCGGGUUGUUUCUGCUUGGGGAAGCAGGAGCCAUGUCUUCGAGACAGUUAGCUGGGAUGUCGUUCGCCUUCGUCGGGUUUUCGGCUUACAAUUUGGUGGAAUCGUCCGUCACGUCCGCGUCGCUAUCGUCCCGGUGAGAUGCGGCCGAGGGUGGGAGUUAAGAAGUAGACUGAUUGGAUUGGUACCAGAAUGUCGCGUGCAGUGUUCAAUUUGACAUGUUAUGUGAGGAGGAGAGCAACGGCUGUGCUCCCAAUUGUGACUUGUGUGGUCCCCACUCAGCUUGCGCUAUUUUGUGCAAGCUUGCUUCUGUCCCGCUUUCAGUGAUUGGCGGUAACCAGCUCGAUUUCUUGAAGUCGCUUUUAUUGGUCAACCGACGGGUUUGCUUGUGUUCCAUGCAUGCGUGUACACGUUGGGGUCGUUGGGGACUCAGUUCUAUGGGAUGUGAGAUUUCGACCUCCAAAUCUCGCGGGUAUGUCGUUGCUACAACUGUGUGUAGAGUACUGUAGUUUUUGUUUCGUGUUGAGGUUUCGCAGCUACAUGAAACUGGGAGCUGAGCCUCUAGAUAUUUUGUAACAGGUUGUCCUGUGGUGUUCUUGAGUGAACACUUGCUGAGGGUGUACGAGUGCGUGCGGUGCAACGUGCACCACCGUGUCAGUAAGUCAGCAGACCUGUUUGACAGUGUAGGUGUCCCGAGCAGGUGUCCUGCCUAAAAUUGUGUCCUUGUUGUGAAGCCUUAUUCGAAAGACACCCCCUCCCUCGCUGUAACUUCCUGAUUUUGCGUGUGUAUUAUGUGUUCGGCAGACGGUCCGUACGUGCGUUGUCAUUAACUUUUUGUCCGCAGUUAGAAUCAGUGAUUGUUUAACCUAGGUCUCGGACUCAGCCCAACUCCCCAUGACGUAUAUCCUAAAUUCUAGUGUUCCUGCCUGAGGCGAUCGGGUGCGAGGUGGGAUGAGUUGGUUGGGAUUUGGGUGUCGUAGACGAUGCUCAAUGAAUUUUAGAAACUGCUGUGAUAUUCCUCUCCAUGGUAAUAUUUGUCGCGUAGGCGCAAACGUCCGUACCCUUGGAUUGAUGUUUGCGCUUGGCUCCGAGGGCGACUACGUAUCAGUAGGCGCAUGCACGAAGGUCAUCAACCGGUAGAGAUGUAAGUUUCCUCAAUGACCCCGGUGGUUACCUUGGUAUGCAUAGCCUCGUAAACACCCGGUGGCUAGGUCGGGAGUUCGUAUUCGAGCUGAGCGUUUUUUUUCACGUGCGUGCAGGCUCUAACGGUGGCGUCGCUUAUUUUCACCUGUCCCCGUAUCGGAAACGAUCUUUCAGCAGGUAUAUAUGCACGUAUCUGUUGAAGCAUGAAAAUGUUCUUGCGAGAAAAACAACGGCACAUGCCGCGGGAGAGUUCAUGUGUGUGGGGCCGAUCCGAGCUCUUCUGUUUGAGAGGCACGACCGUGGUAUGGGUAAUACUCUGAUC